AUGGCCCCCAACUUUGCCCCCUCCGUGGGUCAAGAAGCGCUCAAGAAAUCCUACGAACGCAUUUUCUCCACCAUCAAACUCGAUAUUCAAUUUACAAUCGACGAAAUCGUGGUCAUGGAUGAUAAUUGGGCAUUUGCGAGGACUACUGCGGAGGGGACGAAAUAUUGGAUCGAGAAGGGGACGCAGGAGAGUCAUCAUAAUCAGGAGAUCUUUGUUUGUAGGAAGGAUGAGGAAGAGUGGAAGAUUGCGAGGUAUUGUUUCUCUAGUAUGAAAAGGUUGUAG